AUGAUCACCUCUGAAACUUUGGAAAACUGGACUCUCAACGCUAGCGCAUUUUUCGCAAUCUCUAUAAACUUCUUGCUCAUUGUUUUGAUUCUAACAAAGUCUCCAAAAGCUAUUGGAACUUAUAAGCAUCUUAUGAUUUAUAUAGCUACACUGGAGUUAACCUAUGCAUGUUGCUAUGUCGCUGAGAAACCGGACAUUUUCACCAAAGACUCGGCAUUUUUAAUUAUCACCAACACAAAAGAGUCCAUAUUUCCAGUGACCAUUUCCAUUUGGAUGGAUGUGGUCUUCAUCGGCUUCUACGGUCUCUCCAUUGCACUUCUAGCCAUUCACUUCAUUUAUAGAUACCUGGCGAUUAGCAAGAGCAGAUUACUGGAAUCAUUUCAAAACUGGAAACUAAUUUUUUGGCUAUUGUUUCCGAUUCUAAACGCUGCUAUCUGGAUUUAUGUUUCUUAUGUGAUAUUGGCCGCAACAGAAGAUUCGGAUCGGUUUUUGGAGAAAUAUUAUUUGCCGACCAAAAAAAAUGGGACAAAAAUGGAAGACCUGUAUCACGGAGGACCAUUUUAUUAUAUGACUGAUAAGAAUGGAACGGAAUAUAUCAAUUGGAAAGGGUUUCAAGGAACCUGGAUAGUUCUUACAUUAAUUAUCCUUUCAUUCACGACAAUGAUAUAUUUCGGAUUGAAGUGUUACAAAACUAUGGGAAAAUUAAUGAAAAUGACUUCGGUGUCUGAAAAAUACAAAAGUCUCCAGUCCCAAUUAUUUUAUGCCUUGGUGUUUCAAACAAUCAUCCCAGUAUUUUUAAUGCACAUUCCUGCCACGAUGGUUUAUGUCACUAUUUUUUUCAAUUGCUCAUCUGAGAUAUUUGGACAAGUUCUGAAUAUGAGCAUCGCCAUGUAUCCAGCUCUGAACCCGUUGCCAACAAUUUUUAUAGUGAAACAUUACAGGAGAGCAGUGAUGGAUCACAUGUGUUGCCGAAAAGCUGGAAGGACCGAUUCAAAAGUUUACAAUGUCACCCGAUCUGGAAAUAAUCAGUCUCAAAGUUCUCCAUGA